AUGAAAGCUGCACGUCUUUUUCACUUUCGAGGUCUUGUUCAUACUCGUAUACAAUGUCGAGGAAAUAGUAUUCUCAGUCAAGAACCAUCUGGACCAAAGAUGAAAACAAAAAUUCCUGGUCCAAAAUCAAAACAGUUCAUGGAUGAUCUCGAAAAAACUCAAAAUCCUUUAAGUACAAUUUUUGUACUUGAUGUUGAUAAAUCUAUAGGUAAUUAUGCUGUUGAUGUUGAUGGUAAUGUUAUGCUAGAUGUUUAUGAACAAAUUGCUUCUCUUCCAUUGGGUUACAAUCAUCCAGCUAUUCAAAAAGUUUUUCAAGAUUCAAAAAAUUUAAGUCAACUUGUCAAUCGACCAGCACUUGGAGUUCAUCCAACACCUCAAUUUAUCAAACAAAUUGAUCAAACACUUCUUCCAGUUGCACCUAAAGGUCUUGAAUAUAUUCAACCAAUGAUGUGUGGUUCAUGUUCAAAUGAAAAUGCAUUUAAAGCUAUUUGUAUAUGGCAUGCAAAUAAACAACGUAAUGGAAAAGCAUUUACUGAAGAAGAGUUAAAAUCAUCAAUGGUAAACAAACCACCAGGUAGUCCAAGUGUUUCAUUAAUGUCAUUUGAAGGAGCUUUUCAUGGACGAACCUUUGGUGCAUUAUCAUGUACACAUUCGAAAGCAAUUCAUAAAAUAGAUAUUCCAAGUUUCGAUUGGCCUAUUGCACCAUUUCCAAGAUAUAAAUAUCCUCUAGAAGAAAAUGAUCGAGAAAAUAAAAAAGAAGAUGAGAGAUGUUUAGCUCGUAUUGAAGAAUUAUUUCAUGAAUAUAAAUCAAAAAAGAAUCCAGUAGUUGGUGUUAUAAUUGAACCCAUACAAAGUGAAGGUGGUGAUUUUCAUGGAAGUGCAACAUUUUUUCAACGCUUACAAAAACUAACUAAACAGAAUAGUGCAGCAUUAUUAAUUGAUGAAGUUCAAACAGGUCUUGGUGCAACAGGAAAAUUCUGGGCACAUGAACAUUUCAAUUUACCUGAAGCACCUGAUAUAGUAACAUUUUCAAAGAAAUUUCAAACCGGUGGUUAUUUUGCUAAAAAAGAAUUUCAACCUAAACAACCUUAUCGUAUUUUCAAUACUUGGAUGGGUGAACCAGCAAAAAUGUUAGUUUUAGAUGCUAUAUUAAAAACAGUGAAACAAGAAAAUUUAGUUGAAAAUACAAGAAAAACCGGUGAAGUUCUUUUAAAUGGUUUAAAAGAUAUAAGUAAACAAUAUUCAAAAUUAAUAUUAAAUACACGUGGUCUUGGUACAUUUUGUUCGUUUGAUAUGCCGAAUGCAUCAGUACGUGAUAAAUUUAUUGGUGAAAUGCGAAAUGCCGGUAUUCAAAUGGGACCAUGUGGUGAUGUUGCUGUACGUUUUCGUCCAGCAUUAAUUUUUGCUGACAAACAUGCUCAUAUCGUUCAUGACAAAAUGAAUGAAGUUUUGAAGAAACUUUAA